GCUGGUAGUGGAGGGGGGAGAAAGGGUAAAGCCUUCCGGCCAUUGAGAGCACCCAUUGACACUGGCCGUUAUGCAUGAACCAUCACGACUUCCAAUAUCCACACCCAUUCAUUCGCCAUGCCAAUCCCGAAACUCCAAGUGGAAGGAUUGGAUCAGACAGUCGUCAGCUGUGUUCCUAAUGGACCUAUCCAUUCCACCUUUCCCGUAAAGAUGGUCUGCCAUGCGCCAACGACGGUUGGUGGAUGCUGUCCGGUGGUGGUGCUGCUGUGUCUCUGUUCAGCCAACCUUGUAUGUAUGUAUGUAGUAUGUGGUGGUAGUUUCCACUCCCUUCAAUGUGAAUUCAUAAAUCAUUCUUCUUUUUAUUUCAAUAUUCCAUAUUCCAUUUUAGGCCUUUUUUUUUUCUAAUCCCGGGUUUUCUUGGUCUCUUCCGAACCCAGUAAUUGUGCUGUCACGCUGCCUUCCCUCCUUGAACCUGCUCGUGUCUCUCC